AUGACUUUAGAACGUUUGACAUCUCAACCAGAAAACCCCUUCGCUAAACUAGUGGGUUCACAAGAGAUAGCAGUCAUUCCGGAAUUUACAUUAGAAUCAGGAGAUGUACUUCACCAAGUGCCAGUUGCUUACAAAACAUGGGGUAAACUAAACGACCAAGCCAAUAAUGUCAUGGUCAUUUGUCAUGCGUUAACAGGAUCUGCUGAUGUAGCAGACUGGUGGGGUCCUUUGAUGGGUGUUGGCAGGGCAUUUGAUCCAGAGCGCUUUUACAUUAUUUGCAUAAAUGCCCUAGGCUCUCCCUACGGUUCGGCAUCACCUUGUACCACUAAUCCUGAUACAGGGGAUUAUUACGGUCCCGAAUUUCCUUUGACCACGAUUAAAGAUGAUGCUAAAAUUCAGAAGUUAUUGCUAGAUGAUUUGGGAGUUAAAGAAGUGGCGGUUGUUAUCGGUGGUUCUAUGGGAGGAAUGCUGGUUUUAGAGUAUGCAUAUUUUGGUCCUAAGUACGUUAGAUGUAUUGUUCCUAUCGCUACCUGUGCCAGUCAUAGUGCCUGGGCUAUCAGUUGGGGUGAAGCUCAACGACAGUCGAUUUAUUCUGAUCCUAAAUACUUAGACGGCUAUUAUGCUUUUAGUGAUCCUCCUGCCGUUGGUUUAGGAGCAGCAAGAAUGUCUGCCUUGUUAACUUAUCGAUCAAGAAACAGUUUCGAAUCGAAGUUUGGGAGGGCAAAACCUGAUCCUUUGAAGCAUAAACAAACAAAAUCUCUCGGCCUAGAACGUGCUCCCUCUACACCAUCUGAAGAACGUUGGGCGAUUCACAACCAUGGGCAUCGUCAGGGAAAGAAACUGUCGCACUCAACAACAGCAAGUCCAAAUGGAGCAUCCAAUGAAUCUCCAGAGAUCUCCCCUAGCUCGUCUGUGGAUAGCUUGACAUCAUUGAACUCUGUAUCAUCUGCUCCCAAGCCUCUAAGAAGACCACAAACAUAUUUCACCGCACAAAGUUAUCUCCGUUAUCAAGGCGCUAAAUUUGUUGAGCGAUUUGAUCCUAACUGUUAUAUUGCAAUCUCCCGUAAACUUGAUACGCACGAUGUAUCCAGGGGUCGUGGUGAUGAGAUUGAAGCGUCUUUGAGAGACAUCGAGCAGCCCACGCUAGUAAUCGGCAUCUCAUCUGAUGGGCUUUUCACAUUUACAGAACAGGAGAGGUUAGCUGAGCAUAUUCCCAACUCUAGACUUGUGAAAAUAGAUUCUCCGGAAGGGCACGAUGCCUUUCUUCUUGAGUUUGCAGAGAUUAAUCAAUUGAUUAUCAACUUUCUCAAGGAGCAAAUCCCCGAUAUUAUGAAUAGCGGUGGCAGAGAGUUUAAGGAGCAGGAGAUCGGCCAGCUCACUCAAUCUAGUGUCUUUGGCGAAGCCGAGACGGUCACUGAAGACAUGGCUGAUAUAACUAGAUGGUAA